CAUCUUGAAUCACGCGAAAUCACGUUUACUGCGAGAAGAGUUAAUUGAUUCAGAUUGAACGAUCGUUUGAAGAAGCUGCAAAACAAAAAUUAUGUCUAGUGCAGUUCAAAGAUUACAGAAACAGCUAACACAGCUGAGAGAAGAAGCUAAAGUUGAAAGAAUACCAGUCUCACAAGCAAUUGAAGUGAUGAAAAGUUACAUCACAGAGCAUUCCCAAGGAGAUGCUUUAGUAAUAGGCGUGAACCAGUCAGAUAACCCUUUUAGAGACCAGAAAUCCUGUGCCAUUUUAUAAUUUUAUACAGUUAAUAGUCUUGGGAACCGUCUUAUAUGGAAAGGUUUUCUGUUUUAUUUCCAAAAUGACAGUAGAAAGGGCACAGUGCAAAUUUUUUUUUUAGAUUUUUUUUAGUAUUUUAUUUUGUUAGAACGCAGCUACAUUUUUUCUCUGAAGUAAAAUGAUGUUUUUGAUUGAAAUCCUCUCCAUUAUUCAACUUGACACUCUACAACAGAAAUGUGGCCAGUAAGGCAGUAUGUCGCAUCUAGAACUAUCAUAUUCACAUGAGUUGAUCUCCAUCUUUUAUCUUGUGUCAGAACUGGGUACCAGAAUUAACAUAUAUAUGCAAAUUAUUGGUGUUGUUUAAAUUUGAUGUUUUCUUGUACAGUUGUGAUUUAUAACAAUUUGGCAAAAAGUAAUUUUUAUUAAAUAUCUAUGUUUGAAAAAAAAAUUUGAGGUACUUUGAUGAAAGAAAACAUUGAUGUUCUUGUUCAGAAAAUUUGCUACAAGAAAACUUUGAAUUACAAGGAUAUAAGAAAAGCGCAGAAACGAAGAAACGAUGAAUGAGAAGACAUUGUAAUGUAUUUACUACUGCUUACUGGGAAAGCAGGAGGUUGUUUCUUCAUGGAAAUUAGAUUUCUAAAAGGAACAAUCAUAAAAGGUGCUCAGCAGACACAUACAAAAUGAGAAAAAUGGAAGAACAGUAGCAAACAAUAUUCUUCUGGGACGCCUUUAGAGAAUUUUCAGUGAAAGCUAUUUCAGUAUACAAAAUAUUGUAGUUUUCCUCUUUCAUGUCUUUAAUUAGAGCCGUAAUUGUUUAAUGGAUUUUUCCUGUUAAAUCAAUUCUAAACAUGUAAUUAUAUAGUUUCUUCAAACCUAAUUAAAAUCUUUCUUUAUUUACAUACCAGACAGCAUUGUGGGAUAUUUUUUGUUCAAUAGACGAGAAUUUCUACAAUCUAUCAUAAUUACUUAAUUUACACUGCCAGAACUUAUUGUAUUGCCGUUAAAGAUGAAAAUUAGCAGUCAUUAAACUCAUUAUAUAUGUUAUACAGAUAAAUAAUUGCAAUAUGGUCAAUUAAUGGUGCAGAAUAUGUACUAAGAAUGUCAAGAACAUGUUUUAAAAAAUAUUAGCCCUUAGAACUGUUUGAAAUAUAAUUUGCAUUUAUUUAUUUAGCAUCAAAACAUUUAUGUUUUUUCAAUAAUUAGAUUAAUUUUAUGUAUGUUUUACAUUAAUAGUCAUGUACCGAUUUAUUUACAUAGAAACAGAAUACAAUUUCCUUUUAAAGUUUUACUUUUUUGUGGAUUUAUUUAUCAGGACAGGAAAUAAAUGUAACUAUCUAUGAUUAGAGGGAAGUUAAAUAUAAGUAGUAACUUUCAAGGAACAUAUAACAUUUAUACAUGUAUAUAAGUAUUCAUAAUAUUUGAGACACAUUUAUCAAACUUCAAAAAUUUUCUGUUAUUUUUUUUUAUCCACUUUGAAUUUUAUUGAGUAAUGAAAAUAAGAUUUGGGUCAACAUCAACUCAACAACAACCUAACAAGGCAAUAAAACAAUAACAUACUUAUUUCAAAGAUACAUUGAGUCUUGUAAUUAACACAUUAUUUUUAAUUGAAUAACAAAUUUGCACAUGUUCUAAAUUAUUUUUUAAUUCAAAUAACAUAAAUCAUAUAAAAACCAUUAUAGUAAUUCAUGUGCCUUUUUUCGUACAUUUUGUGCUUUUGUUGCAUGGAAUAGCUUUUUAUUAUAUAUAGGUUAAUCACAUAUGUACAGACUUAUUUAUUUUUAAAAUGAUGUUGAUUAUUUUAACAUUCAUUUUCAUAAUAUAAUGUAUUAUACACUCCAGCAACUUUUGUUUGCAAAUUUUACUCAAAUCCUUGUCAAUAUUUGCUAACUGUGCACUGACUAAUAUUGAAAGCUAACAGUUUUUCGGAAAGUAUACAUGUAUAGUCUGAUAAAAAAGAAUUGUUUACAUUUUCCUAACAAAAAAUAAAAUCUGUUUUAAUUAAAAAUUAUUAAACUUUGUGAUGGACUAUUUUCAUUAAGUAUGAUUUAAAAAUGUAAACUCUCUAGAUUAUGAAAUUGUUUUAAAUUACCUGAUGGUAUUCAACGCCAAAGAUUAUAAUGCUACUUUCAUUCAAAAUUUUCUUCAAAUUUUAAACAAUGAAAACUUGCAGUUCCAUUGUUGACAUGCAGCACAAUCGAACACACACUAUCAGUAUGUAGGCAGGGUAGAUAACUGAUGUUUGUAUAAUAUAUAGAAUCUCAACUUCUAUUUAUGUUUGUAUGUAUAGAUAUCUGAAAUGCUUUUUGUAAAUCUUUCAUAAUAAAGUAUUGAUGUUAAUA